AGGCACACUGGUAGAUGUGUCGUCCUGGGCACGACGCAAAACUGCCCCCCAACCCAAGGUGUGGUGCGACCCGUGCCGAGGGGUGCGUGGCACAGGGGAGCUGUGCCUCGAACGGGGCCUCUGGGAUACCGGGCGCCCUCCCAGAGUAUCCAGCCUAGCCCGGGCAAGCGGGGCUCUGUCCGGGUGGUCCGCACUUUCCUCAGCUUCUCGUGGGAUCAUAGAGAAAAAAUCUGAAAUUAGCUCCGAGCGAGCAGAUGCCGAAGAUUCCAGGGGACCUCUCUGUGAGGCGACCCGGGAUUCAGAACAGACCGAAUGCGAACUAGGCACCAGGGGACCUCGAGAUGAGGUGACCCCGGGCCUCGUAGGUGAUAAAGGUGCGGUUGCAGAGGGAGAUUCUUCUAAACUCGCAACGGGAGGGACCUCAGCUGCCGUACCUGGUGCUGGGGAAACCGACAAAUCCGAAAACAGCUCUGAAAGAGCAGUCCGGAGAAGGGACGACAGUGCUGCAGAGGGGGGGAGCUUGAACCUCGCAGAAAAAUCGGUGCCAGGUGUGUCUGCCAUAGAGACUGUAGAUAUGACUUCGACAGAGAAGUCUGUGAAUGUUUCUGGGGAACGACACAUUACUGAGGUUGUGAAGAUGGAGAAAAUGGAAGUAUCGGGAGAUGGGAAUUAUGAGGGGAUGAAAGAACUGGAAGAGGAACAAGAAUGUGAGGCAACACGGGAGAGAGUAGUACCGAAAACUGUACCAAAGGAAUGGAAACCAGAGGAAGACAUCCGAAGUCCUGAAAUACGUUAUGGCAAUAUUAAAAAAGUAAAAACUAAUGCUGACAAUGGGGAAGCACCUGAUCAGCAAAAACACAACUUGAAAGAAGUGGAAUCAGGUUAUAUUAUUAAUGCUGACAACUCUACAACUGAAGAGGUCAACGAAAAUGGAACUGGGGAUUCGGAGGAAAGAGACACGUCUGAAUUUUUCGUAGAAGAGGCAGUGGAUACAUCGGGACAAGCUGAGAAUUCUGGAGGGAUGGGAGAAGAACAGAAAGAGGAACAAAAUGGUGAGGUUCCUGAAGAGGAAGAUGAAUCUGACGCAUCUAUGAGGAUGGAAACUGAAGUGGCGGAAACAGAUGUCAGCCAAGAGCAACUCAAAAAGAAGCGUAUGUCGGGUGCACAGAAGCGAAAAAUGAGAAUAAUGGAAGCCUUGUUGGUAGGGGGGAGAGUGCUAUCUAAAGCUGAACGAAAGAAACGGAAACUAGUAGAAGAAACCCAAAAGUCUGAAACAAGUAAUAAAGUUGCCAAAAACAAUAAAACUGUCACUGAUAGUAAGGGAGUUGAUAAAAAAUUGGAAAGUAACACCGAUGAAGUUAAGCAAAAACGCAAAUUGAAAGAAGCGAAUUUGGACAAUACCACAACUAAAAGUGAAUCUGACACGAUGAGUAUGGCUGUCGUGCCCGAGGGCUUUCCAGACAUCAAGAUGACAGAGGAACAGGCAGAGAUGCUGGGAACUGCACUUGUGGAGAGGAUUAAUCCGUCAGACAAGGGAGAACCAAUCCAGUUUUCUGCCAUGCAGUACGAGAAUGGGGGCUUAGCAUUCACUUGUGCCAACAGGACGACUAAAGCGUGGCUGUGCAGUACUGUACCAAAGAUCGACCCGUGGCCGGGUGCCAAGUUGGAAGUCGCACAGGCGGAGACCACAUUGAAGGGUACCACAUUUGUACUGUGGGUGAUAAAGGGGAUGAAUAAGAGAAGUAACCAGCAGAUUCUGGACUUUCUUCAGAAGCAAAAUGCAGACAUCUCCACUACCGAGUGGAAAAUCAUCAAGAGAGUAACAGAGACAGACAAAAGGAUACGGCUGACUAUUUGGGUUGAUGACAAAUCUUCUGAGGACUUGAAGGCACGCAAUUUCAAAGUAUUCCUCGGUAUAACUCGAGCUAGAUUCGUGCGGAUGUCAGAAUGGAAGAAGCUGAUGGAAAAUGUCAGUUCAAAGAAGCAGGGUAAGAUGCAGCCUGCAGACCAGAAUCAGUCGCGACUGCCUGCGAAUUGCAAACCACACCAACCUGCCGUAAAGAAGUCCUCAAUUAAAAAUUCUUCACAUACUCGGUUACCCAUUUCGGGUCCUAAUACUCUGCAUCAGUCUCGGGAACCUGAGCACACAGACCCAAAUCGAGUCUCAGAAGAGCCCCACGAUCGUGGUUUUGGCAGAUCAAAACGAUUACGAUCACGAGGAGGAGAUAGAACACAACACAAGGAGCACAGAUACACCACGGAACAAACUGAGGAAGAAAGGUUCACAACUACAGACCGUCGAGAGCCUCGUGCUUCAAGCAACAGAGACCUUCUUGCUUCGGACCGUUGGGAGCGUCGUGCUUCGGGGAGUCGGGAGCGUCGUGCUACGCGCAGUCGGGAGCGUCGUGCUUCGCGCAGUCGGGAGCGUCGUGCUUCGGGGAGUCGGGAGCGUCGUGCUUCGGGGAGUCGGGAGCGUCGUGAUUCGCGCAGUCGGGAGCGUCGUGAUUCGCACAGUCGGGAGCAUCGUGGUUCUCGCUGUCGGAAGCAUCGUGGUUCUCGCUGUCGGAAGCAUCGUGCUUCAGACCUCCAGGAGCUUCGGGCUUCGCCGCGCUGCGAGCGCAAGUAUCGGGCCUCGCCGCAUUGUAAGCGCGGGUAUCGGGCUUCAACACACCGGGAGCCUAGUGCUUCACCCCUUCGAGAGAUGAUAGAGACAGAUUACGGAGUCCCAGAUCCUCCGCAGCUAAGUGAGACGAGGUAUACUGUUUCCGAUCUGGCAUCAUCUCACAGUUCGAGAUACUUUUCGUCGCACCAGGAUCAGUGUGAGAACCAAAGGUUCAUAGGCUCAGUUCUAUCACCGUCCUGUGUCUCUAGAAUCAGUGACCUGGAAAUGUCUCUUUUAAUGUCUGAUCUCGAAUCUACAGUCCUGACUUCACAACGGCCGCGUGAACGUGGGGUUAGCACUUCAGAACUGUCACGGUCACGAGAAGCUAGUUACAUUGCAUCAGACCGUGCACAGCGUAGGGAGCCUAUAUACAUCUCAGAUGAAUCCCAAGAAGACGAGUACUUUACUGCAGAUCGCAGGCAGUCAUUUAAGACACGUUACGAAGCCCCAGAUCCUCCUCUGAUUAGUGAGACGAGUUACACGGGUUCAGAUCGGACACAGUCUCGCGAUUCCAGGCACUUGUCUCCCAACCAGAAGAUGCCUAAGGACCGAAGGUCCAGAGGCUCAGAUAAACCGUCACCCCAUGUCUCUCGAUUCAGCAAAUUGGAUGAGCCCGCUGCAGAAACUGUCUUACUACGGAGUGUCGUAUCUAGAUAUCUGGAUUCAGAGCAGCCCCAUGAGCACGGGUUUGUCACAACAGAACUAUCACAUUUGCAAGAUGUCAGGUCUGCCAUAUCGGACCGAGCGCAGGAAAACAGGUACCUCAUUUCGGACCUUCGACAGCAUCUCGAGCGUCGUAGGGCUCCAGAUCCCCCUCAGAUCCGUGGGUUGAGGUAUAAGGCUUCAGAUCUGGCACCAUCUCUUAAUUCCAAAUGUGCGACUCCAAACCGGGAUAAACCUGAGAGCCCAGCGUUCAGAGGUUCGGGUCGACCACUGUCCCGUGUCUCCAGAUUCGGUGACCUAGACGAAUGUCUUACAGAAUCUGCAAUAGAUGUCGAGUCUGAAUUCCUGCUCUCACAACAGCUACCUGAGCGUGUGUUCAGCACACCGGGAAGGUCACAGUCGCGAAAAGCUAGUUAUGUCCUAUCGGAUCUAGCACAGCGUAGGGAGCCUGUACGCACCUUGGAUCGAACGCAGGAAAACAAAUACUUUACUUCAGGUCACAGGCUGUCUUUUGAGACAGGUUACGGAUCCCCAGAUCCUCCUCAGCUUAGUGAGAUGAUGUAUACCGCUUCAGAUCGUGUGCUGUCUCUUGAUUCCAAAUCGUCAACUCCGAACCGAGAUGAGUCUCGUGGCUCCAGGUAUGUGGCGAGACACUAGUUCCAUCGUAUCAGACCGAGCACAGAGAGGUUCGGAUCAACCUACACCGUGUGACUCCAGAUUCAAAAACUUCGACAAGCUGGCUUUCCAGGAACUGAAGUUAAGAGGUUCAGAUCACAUUCAGGCCAGAAAAGGUAGAUUUAUGGAAUGAGGUCCUCUGUACUCUCUCGAAUCUGGAUCCAAAUUUUCAGAUCCCCAGAAGGUCAGAGAACUUGAUAAAACAGUUUUUGGCAUGCCAUGUUACCGAAAAACCAGAUUUUCAGGUCCAGAUUUUUUAUCCGAGCAGUAGAGGUUAUCAUACACGUGCUGAUAGUGGCUUUAGUUUGCUGUAUCUAACAUUCCAAAUUGUGGGGCCGUUUCUUGAAUAAUAUUAAAAUAAUUUUAGUGUUAAGUUAUAUGCACUGUCUAACA